AUGGCCUCCGAUAGUGAGAAGAUCACCAUCUCCAUCGACCGUGGCGGCACCUUCACUGACGUCCACGCCAUCGUGCCCGGCCAGCCUGACAUUAUCCUGAAGCUGCUCUCCGUCGACCCGGCACACUAUCAGGAUGCCCCCACGGAGGGCGUGCGGCAGGUUCUCGAGCUGGUGGGCGAGAAGCAUCCUCGAGGGACGCCGCUGAAGCUUGACCGUAUUGGUUGUCUGCGGAUGGGCACCACGGUGGCGACCAACGCCCUGCUCGAGCGCAAGGGCGCCCGGUCGGCCCUCUUCACCACCAAGGGCUUCAAGGAUCUGCUCAAGAUCGGCGACCAGUCGCGCCCGUAUAUCUUCGAUCUGACCAUGGCGCGCCCGGGUGUGCUCCCCGAGGCCGUGGUCGAGGUCAACGAGCGGGUGGUGCCCAUCCACCCAUCGGCUGAUAAGGAUAUCUUCCCCAACGCGCUGGUUGUCGAGGGUGUCACUGGCGAGAAGUUCCGGGUUGUGCAGGAGCUGGAGAUUAAUGAGGUCAAGGCGGAGCUCGAGAGGCUCAAGGAGGAAGGGUACAGGUCGCUGUCGGUGGCCCUGGUGCAUUCGUUCGCCUACCCGGAGCAUGAGAGACGGAUCGGGGAGCUGGCGGAAGCCAUGGGCUUUUCCGUGACGCUGUCUUCGAGGCUGCAGCCCAUGAUCAAAAUUGUGCCGCGCGGCAUGUCCGCGGCUGCGGACGCGUACCUGACGCCCGUCAUCAAGACGUACAUCGAUUCCAUCUCCUCCAGUUUCGAGGGCGGGCUGGAGAAGCAAGACGCAUGCCGGUUCGAGUUCAUGCAGUCUGACGGUGGCUUGGUCGACUUUCGCAACUUCAGCGGGCUGAAGGCUAUCUUGUCUGGACCGGCCGCUGGCGUGGUCGGCUUUGCGGCGACGAGCUGGGACCCAACCCAGCGGACCCCCGUCAUUGGCUUUGACAUGGGUGGCACCUCGACUGAUGUCUCCCGCUUCGACGGUCACUACGAGCAUGUGUUUGGCUCCAAAGUGGCUGGUAUUCAGAUUCAGUCGCCCCAGCUGGACAUCAAUACUGUGGCAGCUGGUGGAGGUUCCAUCCUGGCCUGGCGUAAUGGCUUGUUCUAUGUUGGGCCCGAGUCUGCGGGUGCGCAUCCCGGUCCAGCCUGUUAUCGCAAGGGGGGUCCUCUCACAGUGACGGAUGCGAACCUUUUCCUCGGGCGUCUGCUGCCAGAGUACUUCCCUCACAUCUUCGGCCCCAGUGAGGAUCAGCCGCUCGAUACCGACGUCACAACGAAGUUAUUUACAGAGCUCACGGAGAAGAUCAACAAGGAGCGCAGGGAACAGGGCCAGGAUGAGUUCACCGCUGAGGAAGUCGCCCUGGGAUUUUUAAAGGUCGCAGACGAGUCCAUGGCUCGCCCUAUUCGCAAUCUUACCGAGGCCCGUGGCUUCGAGACGGCCUCGCACCAUCUCUCCUGCUUUGGAGGCGCGGGCGGACAACAUGCCUGCUCCGUUGCUGCUUCCCUCGGUAUUUCGCGCAUCAUCAUCCACAAGUACUCGUCGGUUCUUUCGGCGUACGGUCUGGCCCUCGCAGAGGUGGUCAAAGAGUCGCAGGAACCAGUCGCCACCGCCUACCUGGGCUCCGAGUCAAUGUUGCACAAGCGGCUUGAAGACCUGACCGCGGCGACGACAGCCGAUAUGAAGAGCCAGGGCUUCUCUGCAGACCAGAUUCGCCACGAGCUGUACCUCAAUAUGCGGUAUGAGGGGUCCGAUACCGGUCUCAUGAUCCUGAAGCCAAAUGAUUCCGACAACUUCUUCGAACAGUUCAAACUUCGUCACCGUCGCGAGUUUGGCUUCAACUCGGACCGCGCCGUGUUCGUCGAUGAUGUCCGCGUCCGCACGAUCGCGUCCGCCCAGGCCCGUACGGAAAAGAGUCCCCUGGUUCAGCUGAAGGAGGCCAACAUCCAGGACGUCGCUGUAUCCCCAGCCGGUACGUCCAAAGCCUACUUUGACGGCCAGUCCACUCGCAUCGAUACUCCCCUCUACCGUCUUAAAGAACUUGCCAAAUCUACUCGCAUCCGCGGCCCGGCCAUCAUCAUCGACGAGACUCAGACCAUCGUUGUUGCUCCCUCGGCUGUUGCACACAUCCUCGAGACGUGUAUCCUUAUCGAUCUGGAAAAGACAAAGACAGAGUCUGGUCCGUCUCAGGUCGAAACGGAAAUUGACCCUAUCCGUCUGACGAUCUUCGGUCACCGUUUCAUGUCCAUUGCCGAACAGAUGGGCAGAACUCUGCAGAAGACAUCCGUAUCAACCAACAUUAAGGAGCGGUUGGACUUCUCCUGCGCCUUGUUCUCCCCGGAUGGCGGGCUAGUCGCCAACGCUCCUCAUCUGCCCGUGCAUCUGGGAUCCAUGCAAUUCGCCGUCAGAUACCAGCACGAGAGAUGGCUGGGUAAACUCGAGGACGGCGAUGUUCUCGUGGCUAACCAUCCCAGUGCUGGCGGCACCCAUCUACCCGAUAUCACCGUCAUCACCCCUGUAUUUGACCGUCCCGGUGGUGACAAGAUCAUGUUCUAUGUUGCCUCGCGUGGUCACCAUGCCGAUAUUGGAGGCAUCCUGCCCGGGUCUAUGCCGCCCAAAUCAACCGCGCUCUGGCAGGAGGGGGCCAUGAUGGAGGGCGAAAAGAUUGUCAGCAACGGCGUGUUUGACGAAGAGCGGAUCAUCGAACUCCUCCUAAAGAAACCGGCCGAAUACCCCGGCUGUACCGGGACGCGCUGUCUGAGCGACAACAUCUCGGAUCUCAAGGCUCAGAUCGCUGCCAACACGCGCGGCAUCACUUUGAUCCAGGCCCUUUUCGCUGAAUACGGCGUCGAGACGGUCCAGCGGUACAUGUACGGGAUCCAGGCCACUGCCGAGACUGCCGUGCGCGAGUUGCUCAAGGGGCUUCACCAACGUGUGGGCGGCAAGCCUCUCGAAGCCGUGGACUACAUGGACGACGGGACGCCCAUUAAGCUCAAAAUCACCAUCAACGGCGAGGAUGGCUCCGCCGUCUUUGACUUCGCCGGCACCGGGCCCGAGGUGUAUGGCAGCUGGAACGCCCCGAUCGCCAUCACCCACUCGGCCGUGAUCUACUGUCUACGCUGCUUGAUCAAGACCGACAUGCCGCUGAACCAAGGGUGCCUGGCCCCAAUCGAUAUCCGCGUGCCGGACAGGUGCAUCCUGUCCCCAUCCAAGACGGCGGCCGUGGUGGGCGGCAACGUGGUGACCUCGCAGCGCAUCACAGAUGUGGUGCUCAAGGCGUUCAACGCCUGCGCCGCCUCACAGGGCUGCUGCAACAACCUCACCUUCGGCCACAACACCAAGACCGACCCGGACACGGGCACCACCAUCCCGGGUUUCGGAUACUACGAGACCAUCGCGGGUGGUGCGGGCGCAGGCCCGACUUGGCGAGGCGAGUCCGGCAUCCACGUGCAUAUGACCAACACGCGGAUCACGGACCCGGAGAUCCUCGAAAAGCGCUACCCGACGCUCCUGCGGCGGUUCACGCUGCGGCCCGGGUCGGGUGGGAAAGGCCUGCACCCUGGCGGCGACGGGGUGGUGCGUGACAUCGAGUUCCUCACCUCGAUCGAAUGCUCCAUCCUCUCCGAGCGGCGGGUCUUCCGUCCGUACGGGCUCGAGGGCGGCGAAGAUGCCCAGGCGGGCCUGAACCUGUGGAUCACCACCGACGAGGAGACGGGUGCAGAGAAGGUGGUCAACAUCGGGGGCAAGAACACCGUUUCCAUGCAGAAACACGAUCGUAUCGUCAUCAUGACUGCUGGGGGUGGUGGAUGGGGGAAGGCAGAAUGA